UCGAUUGCGCCGUACUCCUGUUUCGGCGGUCCAACAAAACAAAAGGACAAAGUGUCCAAACACUGAGGAAAACUCCUGCUGAAGCGACUGAUCUCCACACUGUUAUAAAGAUGGCGUUUAUUAAAGAGGAGAGCGAAGACCUGAAGAUUGAGGAAAGAUUCACUGUUAAAAAUGAAGAUCCUGAGGAACAAACAGAGCCGAUGUUGCUGAAAGAAGAGACUCAAGAACUGAAUGAAACUGAAGAGAAAGAUCAGAAUGAGGAACACGAAGACUUAGUGACUGAUGAACCACCCACUAAGACGAAAAAGAGCUCCCGUAAAAGAGAUGAGAAAAAUAGAUUCGAUGCUGAUUGUACCUGCUGCCAAUGCGGAAAAAGUUUCCGAUUAAAACGCCACCUUCAAGCCCACGUGAAGAUUCACACCUGCGAGAAACUCUUCAUGUGUGAUCAGUGCGGAAAGAGUUUCACUCAUUUACACAGCCUUAAGGCCCACAUGAGACUUCACACUGGAGAGAAGCCUUUCGCCUGCCAACAGUGUGACAUGAGAUUCGUUCAGAAGCAAAAACUCGAGACGCACAUGAGAGUUCACAAUAGCGUCCAGCCAUUCGUCUGCCAACAAUGUGGAAGAAGUUUUACUAUAAAUAAUAAACUUAAAAAGCACAUGAAAAUUCACACCGGAGAGAAACCCUUCCCCUGCCAACAGUGUGGAAAGAGUUUCGCUGAAAAAGAGCUCCUUAAAGUCCACAUGAGAAUUCACACCGGAGAGAGACCUUACACUUGCACUCACUGUGGAAAGAGUUUCACACAGAAGAGCAACCUCAAUUUGCACAUAAGAUCUCACACUGGAGAGAAGCCUUACCCUUGCACGCACUGUGGCAAAAGCUUUACAUGUAAAAACUAUCUUGAUUGCCACAUGAGAACUCACACCGGAGAGAAGCCGUUUAUAUGUGGACACUGUGGAAAGUGUUACGCUCACAGAGAUAGCUACAAAACUCACUUGAAGCUCCACUCUGAAGAACAGGGGGGGGGAUCUCAUCCAUCACCAGUGUGCAGCAUCCACCUGGAUGACGCGGCGGCCACCAUUUUUGUGCCAGACCAGCUGAUUGGUGUAGAGGAGACAGAGGGAUGAAGCCAAUUAUCAUAUGGGGAUAGUUAGGAGGCCAUGAUGGACAGAGGCCAGUGGGCAGAUUUGGUCAGGAUGCCGGGGUUAAACCCCUACUCUUUUUCGAAGGACAUCCUGGGAUUUUUAAUGACCAUAGAGAGUCAGGACUCAUCCGAAAGACGGCGCUUACUGAGCAGUAUAGAGUCCCCGUCACUAUACUGGGGCAUCAGGACAAGACCGCAGGUUGGGCCCCCCCUGCUGGGCUCACUAACACCACUUCUGGCAGCAACCUAGCUUGUGGUCCCAUGUGAUUUCCCAUCCAGGUACUGACCGGGCGCAGCCCUGCUUAGCUUCAGUGGGCGACCAUGUGAGAGUUGCAGAGAGCUAGCUGCCGGCUAGCUCUCUUAUAGUACUGUUUACAAAUGCUUUGUUCGCAAUUGCAUACUUCCAUAUUAUAUAGCACACUAUAAACAUUAUCCGAGCAGUGUAGUAUGUCCGAAUUCAUAGAAUUCGAAAAACAGUAUACGAAAAUUACCCAGAUGACCUACUACUUCCGGUGAGAAUCUGAUGGACGCUACGCUGUCCCAUGAUGUAUCGCGAGCGAAUUCAUAAAUGGGAGUGAAUCGACGCAACUGACAUGAUAGGUCAUGUGAUGUAGUACGUCCCAAUUCUAUUCAUACUAAAUAGAACACACUUUUCUAAAAGUCGAGUCGUUUCUAAAAGUCGAGUUUUAAAUUCGAAUGUAGUAGGCAAUUUUGAACACAGCUAAAGACUCCUUUUUGGAUGUUUAAAAAUUCCAACACCGCAAAUGUUUCAUUUAUAGCAUGGCUAACUUGACUUUGCAGCCUGAUUAUUAAAUUAAAUUUAAUAAUUCUGUGUUUGUCUGAGACAGAUGCAGAGCAGGAACAUCAAACUCAGGAUUUUUUUUUGAAACAGGAUAAAGAAGUUGCAGUUUUGCUGUAAGAGUCAAAUGUGUGUGAGUAUAUUAUCUUAAAAUGCUGUGAUUUUACUAAAUAGUACUCCAAAUGGUAACCCAAACGUGUUUAGGUCCUAAACAAACUCCCCCAAAAAUGUCACUUUGGUGAGCAGUGUCGAAUGAAAAACGAAUUCUGCUAAAUAACGUUUUUGGCCAAAUUUUGUUCUCGAUUAUGUAAUUUCGCUAAUUUUUCUGGAUACGUUUGACGUAUACUGGGGAAUUAAGGCUCUUUCGGCUCAGACUCCACAUCGGUCCGUGUGAUCUGGGAUCAACCAUUGAAGCGGUUGCAUUUAUUAUAAUCAUUGAACACCGAACAAGUAAUUACAAACUUAGCAUUAGCAAAUUCUUCACGUAGGUCAACACAAGUGAUACUAUAUAGAACACACUUUUCUAACAUUCGAGUAGUAAAUUCAAACGUAGUACCUACUGAGUAGUAGCACAUUUCAGACAGAAUGUUUACACAGAAAUUAUGAUGGCAGAACUUUCAUAAGCAUAAGUUGUAUGGGUUUUCAGUUACAAAAACAACAUUGUGUAAACCAACAGGUAUAUGCAUAUAGUUGUACAUUUUUGGCUGAAAACAUCAAGCAAACAGCAUGUUUAUGUAGUUAUUAAGCUACAAGUAGUACACUCUUUCAUUUCUGCGUAAUGCUCCUCUCAAUAACGUUUAAUACAACAACAGAACGUGUACCCUUUCAAACUAAAAAUUGUGUCUUAGUAAUAUUUGUACUUAUAUUUCUAGAAAAUACAAGCAAAUGUUUAAUUUAUAGCGUGGCUAACUUGACAUUGCAGUCUGUUUAUUAAAUUAAAUUGAAUAACUUGGUGUUUGUCUGAGCAGGAUCAUAAAACUAAGGAUAUAUUCACACGGCAAUAGCAGUUUUGCUAAUUGGUAAAUCAAAUUGCGUUGUGUGUAAUUUUUAUUAUGGCAAAAUGCUGCGAUUUUACUAAGUAAUACUCCAGAUAGUAUGUAGUAACUGUCCCUAACUUCGCAGCACUUUGAUGGUAACUCAAAGGUGUUUAGGACCAAAACAAACUGCCCCAAAAAGUUCGCUUUGGUCCACCUUUUGGUCGGUCUGAGUGAUCUGGGAUUGGGUAAUCUGAGAAUCGAAUGUGCUUCUGUAAAAUACAUUGUAGUUUAUUAUAAUCAAUGAACAUCAAACUCAACAUUGGCAAAUUCUUCAUUCAAGUCAACACAACUUACCUCAAGUCUUUCUUGAUGAUUAUGUGGCAACCUCUCACAAAAUGCGUCAACUGUGGUCUGUUUCUGCUGAACAACAGCUCCCAGUAAACAUUCAGUGUCUUUUUGAAGACAGGCAAUAUAGAGCAUCUACAAACUGACGUUAAUCUUUAAUAAAGCUGUCAAAUUGGACGGCAUCCAUAACAUCUGCUUUUUUUACAAUGUCGUCCACCAUGGUAGCUGAAUUGGUCAUGACUAAAAUACAUCAUCAGUUUUGAAGGCCUCGGUUUUCAGUCCACACAGCAAUAAGUAAACACCCUUUUCAAACGUUGUGUUUUACCUCAGGAAUGUAAAUCAAGUCAGAGUCCGCAAAUCAAACAAGAAAUGUAGUAGCUCCAGCAUCACUGGACUUGGCCGAAAGCGGACAACACAUUGAAUCCGAUUGCUCUAUAUCAGAAUACAACACGACACGGAGGCUGCCAUCGUCAUCUGCGCCAUCUUGGAUCUAUAUCUAUAUGGUGACAUGCAUGUGGUCGAAUGCAUUCAAACUUAAGACGAGCUUUGAUAGAUAUUAUAAAUGCAACACUACAGUCCUAUUUAUUUUCGACGUGGAGAAAAAAUGCUAACAGGUUUGAACGUGUAUAUAAAACGAUAGCUAUCGUAGGGUUUUUUUUGUGUAAUGUAUGAUGAGAUCACAAAACCGAGAAUAAUGUCAUUUUAUUUUGUUGCCUGUGUCAGUGAAUUGCAGCAUUAGUUGGGAAUCCCGGGUUACUUUUAACGGAAUGAGUGUCAAAUAAAAGUGUCUGAAUCUGA